CCUAUAACAGGAGCCACCAAAGCCUUCGAGUCUACCCAGCCAGAGGCAGUUAGGGCCGAUUAAGACAGGGCUCGAGCCAUGAGGUAAUGCAUUUGGUGCUGCUCAUCGCACACUCGUGCCCGCUGGACUCUGUAAUCAGCCUCAUUCCGCCCACAAUUUAGGUAUCUGUGUCAAACCACUCUAGCAAUCGCAGCUACUUCUAGAAACAUCUUCUGGAAACACAACUGCAACAGUUCAGACUCUUUCAUUUCGAUUCUUCCCACGACUGACUGAUAAGUCAGGCCCUUCUCUGGCUACGUCUACGAUUCCUGCACGCCUGACGCCGGACAUACAUCAACCCCCACCAUGCCUAUAUCCUACGACAAAUGGGACAAGCUCGAAGUCUCAGACGAUUCCGACGUUGAGGUACACCCAAAUGUCGAUACCAAGAGUUUCAUUCGAGCGAAGCAACGACAGAUCCACGAACAACGCGCCCAACGGAAGCAUGAAAUUGAAACCCUCAAGUACGAACGAAUUGUCAAUGAUGGAUUAUUAGAACGAAUCAAUGCUCUGCUGGAUGCGCUCAAAAAGCAUCAGGACGAAGCUGCAACGAAGAAUCCUGAGGAGCUUGUCUUCCAGUCUUUGAUUGAAAGCGCCGGCGAUCCUGCCAAAGAUGAGCCGCCCAGGCCACCGGAAGGUGUGUAUACACACCAGAAAGAGCCGCAGCCAAGGUACUCCAAGAUGAUGGGUGCCCUUGUGGAUCAAGUCAAGAAGGAGGUAGACGAGAAAAACUCCUCCGACAGAUACAAUGACUUUGUCGUAGGAGUCAACGGCCACCUAACCAAGGUCCAACAAUUGCAGCAAGAACUACUGAAGAGAUUGGCAGAACUCGAGAAGGAGGCGACCGCAAAGAUCACGAGUGAAGAUAUUCACGAGGGAUUUAGUUAUUCUUCCGUCAACAAGUCUAAAGCCAAGACCACCUCAACAGAGAAGCCGAAGCAAAGCAACAAGACUGAGUCUGUGGAGCUGCUGAACGCACCCACAGGCCUGAGCUCUAAGACCAGGGAUGCUCUCAAGUCACCAGAUGAGGGCAUUUCGUCUGGUGCCGAGGCGGACAUCGAAGAUGACGCACUCCUCCAACAACAUGAAGAUGCGGAAGAUGAGACCAGUAUCAAGCUUUCCCCCGAGGGAAAGAAGUUCGCGAAGAUCAAGCUGGGCGACUACAGAGCAUGCCUGCACUACAUCUCGGAACAUCCAGAAAUUGUCAAUGAGCGAACACAAGAUGGAUUGAUGAUCGAAGCCUUCAAUGCACAAAUGAAAGGCCAAGACGACUACGCAAAAGGCUGCGUACAUCAGAGCUUGUUGAUCCAAUAUUGUCGUCAACUGGGUCGUGAUGGCGUCGGCGUAUUCUUCAAGCGCAUCACCACGAAAGGCCACCAAGCUCAACAAGUCUUUACCAAGGACCUGGCGGAGACGUACGAGCGGAUCAAGACCCGAGCAGCAGAGCUCAGCAAGGAGGAAGGCACAGACCCGGCGGGUGUGGAACAGAUCCAGUUGCAUGCGGUCGAGCCUGGCACCGAGAUCCACAUCAACGUGCCACAAGCUGGAUCGGAGGAUCCCGUCGAGCAGCAAUCCCGGGAGAUUUUUGAGAGGUUCCCACCUGGCCUCCAGCGUGCUCUGGAAAGUGGUAGCCUUGACGAGGUGAAUGUCGUGCUGGGCAAAAUGAGUGUGGACGAGGCCGAAGAGAUCGUGGAGCUCUUGGGACAAGGAGGCAUGUUGAGUCUGCAAGAAGGUGUCAUUGACGCGACCAACGAAGAGGGUCAAAAGAGAUUGAAGGAGAUAGAAGAAGAAGAAAGACGGAGAAAGGCAGCAGAGGAAGGUGAACCUGGUGAGGCCGUAGACGCAUGAGAGAUGAGUUAACCCGGAUAAUUUUGACCAUUACCUACCUACUUUCAAAGUGUGUGUGUUUGUGUCUGCCAGAACACGAAGGCUGCAGGAAAUGAAGCGAUGCAAGAAAAUCAAACUGACCCGAUGUCGCUAUCGCCUUCAGAGUACAGCUUGCGAAACUGAUCUGAAUUUAAUGAACUGCAAACAUUUCCAGACGAUUGUUCUUUAGUAGAGUACGUUGACACUGGACUUGGCUUAAAUCAUCUUCUCUCGAAAGCCCAACCCACCUGAAAGAAGAUGUACAGAGUACGUUGUGAUCACUUGGGAAGCCGCCUCACCUCUAGGUACCUGUAUACUAUGUACUUACGUACGGAAUCGUUCCAUUUUUAAUCCAUG